UGUCUUCGGUACACGUCGGGGGUGCUGGGGCUGCUGACGAGGGGCCUGGCGGAAGGAAGAGGCAGGAGUGCGAGCCGUCCGCACAUCCGAGGCUGCGCCAGGGGAUUGCUGCGGUGGGCUUGGGCCUGGCCGCAUCCAGCCCGCAGAAGCUCCUCCUCCGGGGCGCGGGGUUCGGACGUGCUCUGCGCGUUCCGGCCCUCUUGGACGCCAACCGCUGCUCCGAGUCCCCUCCAGCGCCACACCAGCGGCCGCGCGCGCCUCGGCAUCCCCGCCCGGCGGGGGCGCGCCUGGCGCAGAGCGCGUGCCGGACUUGGAGGGGCGGGCGGAGCGCGCGGCCGCCGGAAGCGCCUUUCCCGGAAGGCAGGGAGGCGGCGCCGGCCUCAGGGGGCGGCCUAGGCGAUGGCGGCGGGGCGGCGGGAGCUGUCUCCCUAGCCCUGGGAGCCGCGCAGCUGGAGGAUGGCCUCGCUCGGGCCGGCCACAGUGGAGGAGCAGGCGCCAGAAGCUGAGGCAGAGCCGUGCCCCGUGGGGCCGCCGCCGCCAUCGCCGUCCUCUCGGGGGCCCCUACUCCCCCUGCAGCGGGAGCCGCUGUACAACUGGCAGGCGACUAAGGCGUCGCUGAAGGAGCGCUUCGCCUUCCUCUUCAACUCGGAGCUGCUGAGCGAUGUGCGCUUCGUGCUGGGCAAGUGCCGCGGCGCCGCGGCCGCCGGGGGCCCGCAGCGCAUCCCCGCCCACCGCUUCGUGCUGGCGGCUGGCAGCGCAGUCUUCGACGCCAUGUUCAACGGCGGUAUGGCCACCACGUCGGCCGAGAUCGAGCUGCCAGACGUGGAGCCCGCCGCCUUCCUGGCGCUGCUGAGAUUUCUGUAUUCAGAUGAAGUUCAAAUCGGCCCAGAAACAGUAAUGACCACUCUUUAUACUGCUAAGAAAUAUGCAGUCCCAGCCUUGGAAGCACAUUGUGUGGAUUUUCUCACCAAACAUCUCAGGGCAGAUAAUGCCUUUAUGUUACUUACUCAGGCUCGAUUAUUUGAUGAACCUCAGCUUGCUAGUCUUUGUCUAGACACAAUAGACAAAAGCACAACGGACGCAAUAAGUGCAGAAGGGUUUACUGAUAUUGACAUAGACACACUAUGUGCAGUUCUAGAAAGAGAUACACUUAGUAUUAGAGAAAGUCGACUUUUUGGAGCUGUUGUACGCUGGGCAGAAGCGGAAUGUCAGAGACAACAAUUGCCUGUGACUUUUGGAAACAAACAGAAAGUUUUAGGAAAAGCUCUUUCCUUAAUCCGGUUUCCACUGAUGACAAUUGAGGAGUUUGCAGCAGGUCCUGCUCAAUCUGGAAUUUUGUCGGAUCGUGAAGUAGUAAACCUCUUUCUUCAUUUUACUGUCAAUCCUAAACCCCGAGUUGAAUACAUUGACCGACCAAGAUGCUGCCUCAGAGGAAAGGAAUGCUGCAUCAAUAGAUUUCAGCAAGUAGAGAGCCGCUGGGGUUACAGUGGAACAAGCGAUCGGAUCAGGUUCACAGUUAAUAGAAGAAUCUCUAUAGUCGGAUUUGGCUUAUACGGAUCUAUUCAUGGUCCUACGGAUUAUCAAGUAAAUAUACAGAUCAUUGAAUAUGAAAAAAAACAAACCCUGGGACAAAAUGAUACCGGAUUUAGUUGUGAUGGGACUGCCAGCACAUUCAGGGUCAUGUUCAAAGAACCUAUAGAGAUCCUGCCCAACGUGUGCUACACAGCAUGCGCAACACUCAAAGGUCCAGAUUCCCACUAUGGCACAAAAGGAUUGAAGAAAGUAAUGCAUGAGACACCUGCUGCGAGCAAGACUGUUUUUUUCUUUUUUAGUUCCCCUGGCAAUAAUAAUGGCACUUCAAUAGAAGAUGGACAAAUACCGGAAAUAAUAUUUUAUACAUAACUUAGCAUUAUAAUACGUGUUGGCUAAAUGGUACCAUACAAUCUAGUCUCAAAGGCAUAAAUAACUGGCCAUAAAAAAUAGUUUGAGCAUUCUAAAUGUUUAUAAUUGUAAGACAAGAAACAUUUUAGUUUCUCAGAGGAGAUAGAAAAAUGUUGGUUUAAAUCUCUGCAUGAUUUAAAGGCAGAUUUUCCAUUUUCUUAUAACCUUAGAGGAAAAGAGAACUGGGUUUAAUUGUUUUUAAAAAGCACACCUAUUUCAGCUUCAUCUUGUAUAACUUCAUAGCUCAGCUGACUCAUGGUCUUUCAAUAAAUAGUUUUGGAAUUGAAAGAUUUGUGUUACAUAUAGCCGAUUUGUUUUUUGUUUUUGCUUUAACUAUUUUGAAGCUUAGAUAAGAUGGGCAAAUAGGCUUACCUGAUUUGAAGGUUAGAUGAGAUGAGAUGGGUCAGUAUUCCUACAGAAUUCCUAUUAACUGAUUUACUUUUGGGGUUUUGAAAUAUCUUGUUGUUAGUAUUUGGACUAAUAGGCCUAAUAAAUGCCCAAGAAAAUUUUCAGUGCAUUUACAGAAAAGGAUAUUUUGUAAUAGUAUAGUGUUACAUAGUACAGUUUUAAAACUAUAAGUGGAAUUUGUAUAAAUUCACAAUGUGAUAUAAACAAGGCUGGAAAAGUAUAGUCCAAGACUGGAUUCUUUAUCGCUAAACUGCACCACCGUUCCUGUCUGUCUGUGUGGGGGAUGCUGAUGAUGGUUCCCGAGGGUUGAGAUGAUGGGGAUGAUGACUGGGUAAACAAUCAUACACGGCAGGAAACAGAAUAGGAUACUAACAUUUCUAACAACUACUUUGAAGUUGUAAAGAUAACCAACAGAAUCAUUCUUGCUGAAAAGUAUGCUGUCAACCACACAAUUCUACCCAAGAGGUAAAAUAUGUAUAAUAUUCAUGACCUCAUUAAUGUCACUGGUACAGCUGUAUUAGGAGGGGAUAAGAAGUAUAUGUGGCAGAAUAACAUUUAUACACUUUUUUAUAAGUCAAUUUUUUGAUAUAUAAAUGAAAUAACAUUCAUUUUUUUCUCUUGAAAAUGAUUAUCUUAGUAAAAACUUAAGUGUAAUUAAGUUUAUCAAAUAGUUGUGGAUGAUGAUUAAAAAUCAAAAUUCUUUUAAGUAUCAACUGAAAAAGAAUUUUUUUCUAAAUAAUAAUUAGGAUAUAAAAAAUUAUUUCAUCUAAAAUAUUUAAUUUUUUAUUUUCAAGAAGGUAGUAAGGUUGUGUUGUUGGCUGAGAUAUCUUGAAAUUGCUGGGGGGAAAAAAAAUUUUUCUCUCGUACCAUGUCCUUAGGGAUACAAACCUCAGUUAACGGGAAUACCUACAGGAUGUGUGGUUAUGGUUAAAUAAAGAUUAAUCAGCAAACACUGUGUAGUAACCAUUAUAGAAAAUACUUCUGCCUUAAAAAGUGUGCUAUGCCAGAGAUAAGGUAGUGUUUUUUGGCGUUUGAGGCAUUUCAUAUGCCUCAAGUAUGUUGUACUGAACGAUUGUAAUUGAAUGUAGCUGUAGAAGGUACAAGAAACGGAACUGUUUACUGACAUUGGAACAUCCCCUGGGAUUUGUUUUUUAAAUAAAUAUAUAUUAUCCUUUA